AGGUUUACGAAGUGUGUCACAUUGUUUUCCAAGUAAAAUCCAGUUGGAAUGAGUUGCAAAUACUUUAUAGAAUCUGUGUGUCUGUCAACAUGAGUCUUUGAUUUCAUUUGGUCAUAACAAGAAGUUAGUUGUUUUAUUUUCUCAUUCAAGGUGUAUUUUUUUCAUCGAUUUUAGUGCUUUUGGUGUUAUCAAAUCAUAAAUACGGCGGUGAUUUUUUGAUUGGGAAUAAAAGCUAGUGUAUGUAAACAAAGAUGGUGAAAAAACGGAGACAAGGUGACCCGUGUGCCAACGACAAUGACUCGUCGUCCGAUGAAAAUUUCCGAAAUCAAACAGAAAAAGGGGAUUCAGACCCAAAAUGUACACACAUCAAACGAGCCGUCGACAUUCAGAAAUUACGUCGAAUGUUCAAGAAAUCGUCCGUGGAAAAUGAAAAAUGUGUCGAUUGCGUGAAAAUGUCAAAUGGUGAUGCAGAUGCCGAGGAUUUUGAACAGGAUCGUUCACUUUGGAUGUGUUUGAAAUGUGGAACAAAUUUGUGCGGUCGAUCGGUCAAUCAACACGCACUUAAGCAUUUUCAGACACCCAGAUCUGACUCACAUGCAUUGGCUUUUAAUACAACAACAUGUGAGGUUUGGUGCUAUGAUUGCGAUGCGUAUGUCACAAAUAUCGAAUCAAGUUUGCAGCAGUGCGUUGAUUUUGUGAAAUCGGAACUGGCCAAGGCAAAAUUGUCGCCCGCAAAAUUAGUCCCACUGGAAAAUGGAGACAGUCUUCCUUCCACGGUUUUAGUCAAUGGUGAUACGAAUGAUGAAAAUACGCCGCAAAUUAACCAAGAAACGAUGCGUUCACUGCUUGGAAACACCAUUAGCAUAGUACAUUCGCUGAGCUCAAAUUCAAAUAUUCCCGGCCAGGCAAAACGGGUGCUAACCAAUGAUGUCAACAAAUUGCCACGCGUACGCGGUUUAUCCAAUUUGGGCAAUACAUGCUUCUUCAAUGCCGUCAUGCAAUGCCUGGCACAAACACCAUUUUUGUUACCUACCCUCAAGGAAUUGUCCAAACCGGAUGAAGAAUUCUCAUUGCCGGGCGGAAAAUUCAAGUUUAAAGACAGCGAAGAGGAAGUUGAAUUGGAGCCCAUUUCUGGAAAGUUAAAAUCAUGGGGACCAUUAACGGCUGCACUUGCUGAAGCAUUGGAGGAAUUGCAAUCCGGAGGUGGCGUAUAUAAUCCAAGGAAAUUGUUUUCGUCUUUGACAAAACUUUGCCCGCAAUUCAGUGGCGGUGAUCAGCACGAUUCGCAUGAAUUGCUCCGCCAUUUGUUGGAGAGUGUGAAAACUGAAGACUUGAAGCGCUACCAAAAAGUAAUCUUGGGGUUUUUGAAUUACUAUGAUGAAUAUCGUGGCAAAGAUCUACAGUCGGUGCCCGACGACAUCAAACAGAAGUGCAAAUUUUAUGGUCAACAAGCGAGCGAACGAAUUUUAUGCCCUGAACAAGUGUUUCGUGGUUUUCUGGUAUCAACAUUGGAAUGCCAGGACUGUCAUAACACAUCGUCGCGUCAUGAAAACUUCCUCGAUUUAUCGCUUUCAGUUACAGUGGAAAAACCAGCGCCACCAAUGCGACGCAAGACGCCACCAAUCCGACGCAAGAGCAGUCCAGAGGAGUUGAGCCCGAACAAAGAACACCAGCGAUCAAAGUACCUUAGACAAAAUGAACAGCGUAAUAACAAGAAAAACCGUUCAUCAUCACAGGAAGAGUCUGAUGCAGACGUUGAAGAUAAUUUGAGUGAAGAUUUUAAUGUAAAGAAUAACAAGAUUAAUGCAAAGAAAGGCGGAAAGGGUGAUUUGAUCGACAGCAAUGGAAACAUCGAAUCGGAGAAACAGGAUGAUGACCCGGAGAAUUUGAAUAAAGAUUUGAAUGAAUCAAAGCCCGUAAAUAAUGAAUUUCUUGAAUUGGGAAUCAGUGCUAAAGGUGGCAAAGAACUUGUACAGCAAAUUUCGCAAAAUGAAAAAGCCGAAUCGAAUGAACCAACAUCAUUGCUAGACAGUUUUCAGCAAAUGAAUUUGGUCAAGGAUAAACAAACAAAAACUAAACGGAAACGCUUGCACAGUUAUACUAACUGGAGUACAACCAUUGCACCACGAUACCAAUGCGAGGACGGUGAAUGUUCGGUGCAAUCUUGCUUGAAUAACUUUACGGCUGCUGAGCUGAUGACGGGCAACAAUAAAGUGGGCUGCGACGCAUGUUCGGAACGUAUUAACGGAAAGGGUGGCAAAACGAUAAAUACUAAUGCAACGAAGCAAUUUUUGAUAUCGAGCCCGCCUGCGGUGCUCAUUUUGCAUUUGAAACGUUUCCAAGUCGGUCCACGAUGUAUGUUCCGUAAGAUGACCAAACAUGUAUCAUUCGAGUUCACCUUGAACUUGGCCCCGUUCUGUGCAUCAAAAGUUAAAACACUUCCGAAUGUGCAUCGAUAUCAACGCAAACUAAUUUACUCGUUGUAUGGCAUCGUUGAGCAUUCAGGUGGCAUGUACGGUGGACAUUAUGUUGCUUAUGUUAAGAUGAGGCCAAAUCUAACGCCCGAUGAUCCACGUUGGAAAUUCUUGCCGAAAGGAAGCAAAGUGGAAUUGGAUCAGACUGAUGAACAGAAGGCUCGAUUGGACGAAGCGUUGCGAAAGACUCAGUUAAAGGAAAAUCGACUCCAAGGUGGCGAUAGCGAUGAUUCGACGUCAUCGUCAUCCUCCGAUUCUGGAAUAAGUUCGAAUGCAAGCAGUAGACGAGAGGUACCGCCAAUCAUACCGGCUCCACCUGAGGGCAAAUGGUACUACGUAUCGGAUAGCCAUGUAAUGGAAGUAACCGAGGAACGAGUGAGAAAUGCUCAGGCCUAUUUGCUCUUCUACGAACGAACAUACUAGAUGAAUUCAAACACCUGAAUUGGAUUUUAUCUGUGUUUUUGUUUUGCAUUAAAAAUCGAAAACGUUCAAAACGAUUUCAGUUAAAUUAUCAAUUGCAUUUUAAAUUAGAAUUAUUUGCCGUUUCGCAAAGAGUUUUUUUUUUCUUUUCGUUUUUCUAUAUGAAUCAACAAACCAACGUCAAGAUGAUAUAAUAUUGUAAUUCAAUGGAUAUAAAUUUAUAAAUGAUGUUUCUCCUCUCUCCUUCUCACUUGUUGAUUCAAUUGAUUUGCAUGCAUUUCAGCUAAUCGAGAUAGUUAUGUCAUAAACGUGUAUAAAAAAAAAAACAACAAAUUUAAUUAAAUAAAGAGAUGAUUAUUCGAAUCUUGGCGAAUCAACCGAA